AUGUCAGUUAAAGCAUUAGGAGCAAGCACACUCAGAGGCAUCUUCGCGAAACCAAACACACUUGGCAAAUCAGCCAGCACAAUACUCAACUUCAAACUGCUGCCAAAGGAAAGCUUACUGAAUAUCAUUACGCGAAGCGACAAAGAAAUUGGAGGGUUUUCAGACGUCAAUUUUGAUUACGAUGCAGUAGAAAAGUGUGCACAUUUCCAUGGCAACUUAUCAUUGGACUUGCCAAAGGACAAUCCACAGGUCACUAGGUCAGGAUAUGCCAUGUUUAGAACCAAGGAUCAGCCACUGAGCAUUGUGUGGGGAGAUAAGUACUGGGACUGGAGCGACUAUAGUGCAUUAGCUUUGCGGGUCAAAGGUGAUAGAAGGAAAUACAUUGUCAAUAUACAAGCCAACACUCCAUUGGUGACGGACUUGUUUCAACAUCGGUUGUUUCUUCAGAAUCCAGGACACUGGGAGACAGUUGUGAUUCCACUUCACGAUUUUGUAAUGACCAAUUGGGGUGUCAUACAAGAUGGAUCAGAGCUUAACAAGUCAGAGGUAAAGACAGUGGGUGUUGGGUUGCUUGAUAAACAAUAUGGUCCUUACUCGUUAAAAAUUGAUUGGAUCAAGGUCAUGAGUGGAUUUGAUGUGUCGGAGAUUGCCAAGGAUGAGAAGUUGACCAUUUUGAAUGACGAUGCUAUGGAUGAAACGCCACUUUACGGGCAUGAUACUUUUACCAAAGAAAAUCACUAA